UCGUGCAUCUAACCACUUGUUUCAUUUCAGGUAAGAUGUUCUCCGCUGAUUUAGCUGCGUGACAUGCGGUCAUUUUCAUUGGAUGAACUCCAGUGACGUUCUGCAAGGUAUAUCACAAGAGAUGAAGCUGCCCCACUUCUACAGUUGCCAAAAUUAUCAAAAUCGUUUAUUUUCCGGGUGAAUAGAUCCCUAAUUUAUAAAAGACUUUUGAAAAAUUCCAAGAAACUUCGCUAUGAUGAAACUCCGUCUAUAUACGUGUAAAAUAGUGCUGGCGACCUCUUUGGUGUGGUUCAUAUGUGGAGUCAUGUUGCUGAUGUAUUAUACAGACUGUAUCGGGGACAAUGCAGCCUGCCAGUCAUUCAGGCAACAGACGAUGGAUGGGGUUCCACCAAGGGCUCAGAGGUUCAUCAAGAUCGCGGAACCAUCGACGACAUCGGUCGACAGUAAUUUUCGAGAGUGGAGUCCAGUAGUCGUCCAUAGCAACCCAAGUCACUGGGUAGGUGAGAUGGGCCGCGCGGUGGUUAUACCCCCUGAAGAGGAGGAGCUUCGCAAGGAAAAGUUCAAACUGAACCAAUUCAAUUUGCUGGCCUCUGAUAGGAUAGCCUUGAAUCGUACAUUGCCGGAUGUCAGAGCUGAAGGUUGUAAAAGCAAGACAUAUGCUCCUAGACUACCUGCCACAAGCAUUGUUAUUGUAUUCCAUAAUGAGGCGUGGUCCACACUACUCAGGACGAUCCACAGUGUCAUCAGGAUGUCGCCAAGAGAACUCAUUGAAGAGAUCAUCCUUGUUGAUGACGCUAGCGAAAGAGAUUACUUAGGGCAGCAACUGGAAGAAUACGUUGCUAAAUUACCAGUUCCUGUUAAAGUGAGUUGA